GUCAGGAGCUGAUUGGUUAACGCAUUUCAUGAGCGACACGUUACAAUAGUAGAGUACUAACCUAUACCUGCCAUACUUAACUCUGUUCCCCACAACAAAGUCGGAAGUCUGAGUUGGUGAUCGUCGCAUAAAAUGAAUGAGUGGACACCCAUAGCAAAGAAAUAUGACCCGCUUAAAGCUGGCAGUAUCGACGGUACAGAUGAAGAGCCUCAUGACCGCGCUGUCCUCAGGGCAAUGUUGGCUCGUUAUGUUCCCAACAAAGGUGUUGUCGGAGACCCCCAAUUAACUUUGUUUGUGUCUAGAUUAAGCCAACAAACCAAUGAGGAAAAAUUAAAAGAGGUAUUUUCUCGUUAUGGAGAUAUACAGAGGAUCCGUUUGGUUAGAGAUUUCAUAACUGGAUUUUCAAAGGGUUAUGCAUUCAUAGAAUACAAACAAGAAAAUGCAAUAAAAAAAGCAUACAGAGAUGCCAACAAGUUGGUGAUUGAUCAAAGAGAAAUAUUUGUGGAUUAUGAACUGGAAAGAAAUCUAAAAGGAUGGAUUCCACGCAGACUAGGAGGGGGGUUUGGUGGUAAAAAAGAAUCUGGCCAGUUGAGGUUUGGAGGCCGAGAUCGACCCUUUAGAAAGCCAAUAAAUUUGCCAUUGUUUCAGAAUAUGCGCAUGGAGGGAUAUGGAGAGAAAAGACACAGAUCUCGUUCUAGAGAAAGACUUCAAGAGUGGAGAGGGAAGAAAGCAGAUUAUGCAAGGGAUAGAGGAAGAGAUGGUAGGUGGCAAGAGAAGCCACAGGCUCGACAUGACAAAGAACCGACUGAAGAGAGACAUUUCAAAGAAGAAAGGAACAGAGAUCGGGAAAGAGAUGACAAAGACAGACGAAGAAAGGAAGGCAGAAGGGACAGAAGCAGAGAGCGAGAUCACAGGAAAUUAAGAGAUUAAGGAAAUGUAAUUUCUUAAUCAAAAUCCUUUUUAAUUUAUAUAAUUUGGACUGAGCAACUUCAGAUAUUCGGAAUAUAUGUUUGCAGUUUGGAAUUAUGUAUUAUUGUAGUACUUCAUCUGACUUUGUCCAUAGUAACUCACAAACUAGCCUCAGAUGCUAUACCUAUAUUAGUACAAAUUAAUUAAUAUUACAGUAUUUAGCAAUUGGUAUCUGUUGUUCACUCUCUGCGCAUACACCUCUCCUUCACACAGAACCUCCUCCUAUUUGGGUAAAAAGCCAUACAGAUAGUUUGUUUAUUAGAUGACAGUGAUAAGGGAACCAGUUACUAAUUAUGGCCAUGGCAUCCCAUAUAAUCAGAGCAGUUAGAAGUGCUGCUCAUACUUCAACCAGUGGCACUGGGAGGGGAGGGGAGGGGGGGGGGGGAUCUCUUUACCUGGGCUUGUUGGAAGGGCUUGGAUCCCACUACCCCCCUUGCAGGGGUUUUGUGUGUGAGGGAGAGAGGGGACUGGCGGCUGCAGCAGCCUCUCUCCCCAGCACUGCACAUGCUGCUGUGUACUGCGCUGGGAAGAGAGGCAGGAGUCAGUCCACUCUCCACUUGCGUUACGUGCGGGGGGGGGUGAUGGUGAGCAAGUCUGCCACUGCUUCCUCAUCCGCUCACCAAUCACCACCUUAAGGGAAAAUGUGCUAACCUGGUUUAAAGCUUACCAGCCACACUUAUGGCUUUUUUUUUUUUAAAGGUAAUACAGUUACCAACACAACUACACAACUAUGCUUACCUGGUUUAAAGCUCACCUGCCAACUGGCUCCUGGCUUUCAACGUGAGACAGUCACCAACACAGCUAAACAGCAGCUGACUCAGGUUAAAAGUAAAUGAGCUUAGGGGUGCAUGAGAGAGAGAAAGAUGAUCACAAAUGGGCCAAUUAAAAAUUAACCCUAUUAUACACAUACAGGGAUUUGAAAGCCAGGAGUCAGUUGGCAGGUGAGCUUUAAACCAGGUAAGCACACUUGUGUAGUUGUGUUGGUAACUGUCUUACCUUUUAAAAGCCAUAAGUGUGGCUGGUAAGCUUUAAACCAGGUAAGCACAUUUUCCCUUAUGAGACAGCAGUAGCCAGGUCCCUUAAAAAUCUAUCUAUGUGAUAGAGUAGGACUUGCGGUGAAAUGGGGUCCCGUGGAGUGGGCUGCAAGCUUACAUGCAUUGUACAAUUCAUAAACCAAAACCCCAUUGUUUAUUCAGAUGUAUACUAAAGGAUUAAGGUGAAUGAA